AUGGGGCAUUCUGCAGCAGUAUGGGACUUUAGAGCAGCAACUGAAAUUACAAAGGACCAGAAUGGUAUUGGUCAAGUUGUGCUUCGGACUCCACAAGGCGCUUCAGCACGGGUGAGCUUACUUGGAGCACAGAUCACUUCAUGGCGUAAUGAGCAGGGAGAAGAACUUCUAUUCACAAGCAGCAAGACAAUUUCGAAGGCGCUAAAAGCAACACGGGGAGGAAUUCCUAUAUGUUUUCCACAGUUUGGAAACUGUGGAUCUCUGGAGCUGCAUGGAUUUGCAAGAAAUAGAAUGUGGGCAGUCGACGAGAAUCCUCCUCCUCUGCCUGCAAAUGAUUCCAAUGGAAAAUCCUUUGUCGACCUGCUACUCAAAUCAUCUGAAGAAGACAUGAAAUGCUGGCCACAUAGUUUUGAGUUCCGCCUUCGAGUGUCUGUUACGACAGACGGAGACCUAUCCCUGAUAUCACGAAUCAGGAAUAUCAACGGAAAGCCAUUUAGUUUCUCGUUUGCAUAUCACACAUACCUAUUGGUUUCUGACAUUAGUGAGAUAAGGAUUGAAGGUCUCGAGACACUUGAUUACCUGGACAAUCUUUUCCAAAAAGAACGUAUUACAGAACAAGGAGAUGCGAUAACAUUUGAAUCCGAGGUGGAUCGUGUUUAUCUUAGCUCCCCGAAUGUAAUUGCAGUUCUAGAUCAUGAGAGGAAACAAACUUAUGUUAUAAAAAAGGAAGGUCUCCCUGAUGUUGCCGUGUGGAAUCCGUGGGAGAAGAAAUCGAAGUCGAUGGUGGACUUUGGAGACGAGGAGUACAAACAGAUGCUCUGUGUAGAUGCAGCAGUUAUAGAGAAACCUGUGAACUUGAAGCCUGGAGAGGAAUGGACAGGGCGGCUUCAACUCUCCGUUGUGCCAUCAAGUUUUUGCAGCUACUGUUAG